ACAGGCUGAUGCGGGCAGUCACACCAGGAAGGGUUAAGGUUGGUGAGCGCCGUGGGUGUGCUCUGAGAGCCUAUUAAAUAUGUUGCAACCUGUUUUAACUUAGUAAUACUUCUUUUUAAAAGUCUCAUUGUGUUAUUUAGGUUGGAACAGACAGGUCAGCCCCGCGGUGUCCCGAAAGCUCCACUUGGGUACUGAGCUGUCCUGAGCUGUGGUGGUGCCCGAUUUAACUGGACACCGGCAUUUCAGGAUGAUCUUCUUGCUUGAUGCGUUUCUGCUAAAAUGACACCAGCAACCACCUCAUUCAGGGCUCGUUUUUGUUUGUUUCAGGGUGUCCGUGGAGCAUGGCAGUGCAGUGGAGCGGUGGCCAUUCCUGCUCCGUGCUGUGCCUGGCCGUGAGCACGGAAGGGCUGGCGGCCUCCGGCGCGGAGCGGGGCGAGCUGGCGCUCUGGGACGGGGCGGGCUCGGCCGUGGCUCAGCUGCGGCUCCCGCAGGCGGAGGACGUGACCUCAGUGGUGUUCUCAGCCCGGCGGCCCAGUACGCUGUACACGGCCCACGGAGAGACCAUCAGCGUGCUGGAUGUGCGCUGCCUGCAGGAGCCCCUGCAGCGCUUCCACGUGAACGAGGAGGAGAUCAACUGCCUGUCGGUGAACGACACCGACAGCUUGCUGGCUGCCGCCGAUGACUCGGGGGCCAUAAAGGUUGUGGACUUGGAAAGCAAGAAAGUCAGCCGGUCCUUGAGACACUCCAACAUCUGCUCGUCUGUUGCCUUCCGACCUCAGCGGCCUCAGAGCCUGGUUUCCUGUGGGCUGGACAUGCAGGUGAUGCUGUGGAACCUGCAGAAAGUUCGUCCCUUGUGGACCACAAACCUGCAGGAGUGUGAGAUGGAGGAAGAGAGCCCUCAGUCAGCUGGGCAGUUCUUCAACCCACCUCUUGCACAUUCCCUGUCUGUUGCCUCCUGUGGCAACAUCUUCAGCUGUGGAGCUCAGGAUGGUAAAGUCCGAAUAUUCCGAGUCACUGGGGCCAGGUUUGAGCAUGAGCUGGAGUUCCAGGCUCACAGCCUGGGAGUCUCACAGGUGCUCUUUAUGCCUGAGGGCUACUGCUUGUUGUCUGGAGGAAACGAUGGGAAAAUCUUGCUCUGGGAUCUCAGCAGCAACAUUGGGAAGCAGCAGAAAAGUCCAGCAAAAUCUCUGCACAGGAAAAAGGCCCAAGCAGCUGCUUGCAGCAGAAAAGAUGGGAAGCUCAACAAAGCAGCCUCCAAUGAACACCCUGGAGUUGUGCCAAAGCUCAGCAUUGAGCACGGAGAGAAGGUGAACUGGCUGUCGUGUGCAGAGAUCAAAGGCUCCAGGAGAGUGUUGGUUGCUGACCAGAGCAGCUCUGUAUCAGUGUAUCCAUUGCCAGAACCUUAAGGCACC